AUGACUGAGGUAAAGACAGCUGAGCUCAUCUUCAUCUGUCUGUCACUGCUUCAAGGUUUUGCUGCAGCAUUAAACUGCAGCAGCCCAUCACCUGAAUCCUUGUUUCGCGCACUUGAAACAGAAUUAUUUCCCAAAAAACUGCUGCGACCUGUAAAACGCUUCACAGAUACACUGAAUGUAUCGGUUGACCUCACUCUGGUGGGACUGUUAGGAGUGGAUGAAAAAGUCCAGACCUUGACAAUAUUCAUAUGGCAAACCCUGGAGUGGCGAAUAGAGGGACUAAGUUGGGAUGAGCAGGAAUGUGGAACUAAAAGGGUCUCUAUACCUCGGGAACACCUUUGGAUCCCUGACAUUCUCAUCACUGAGUUCAUGGAUGAAGAUGUAUCUCCCAGAACUCCUUAUGUCUACUUAUACAACACAGGUCUUGUACAUGAUGAUAAACCAUUGAGAGUGGUCAACACCUGCAAAUUAGUCAUCUACACUUUCCCCUUCGAUAUGCAAAACUGCUCCUUUACUUUUCAACCCUUUCUACACUUUGCUCAAGACAUAACAUUGAUUCAAAGCCGCACAGCUGAAGAAAUCCUGAAGGAGUCCUUAAACGUGUUGAAGACAAAAGGGGAAUGGGAGCUUAUAGAUAUAAAAGCAGCUCCAAGUACUCUGCAGAUAACAGAGGGAAGCUUCUCUGAGAUCAAAUUCUAUUUCAUUUUAAGACGCAGACCGAUCAUCUACGUGGUGAACCUGCUGAUCCCAAGCUGCUUCCUCGUCACAGUGGACCUCUUCAGCUUUUUUCUGCCCCCCCAUAGUGUGGACCGGGGCUCCUUCAAGAUGACGCUCAUCCUGGGAUACACAGUGUUCCUCCUCAUCAUGAAUGAUCUGCUGCCUGUCACCGGGGAAACAACACCUCUCAUCAACGUUUUAUUCGCCCUCAGCCUCGCUCUGAUGGUGGCCAGCCUGUUGGAGACGGUGUUUGUAACUAACCUGCAGUUCAGCUCCAGCCAGUACCGUGCGGUGCCUAAGUGGCUCAACAUCCUCGUGUUGCAAUAUCUAGCUAAGGUCGUUGGUCUCCCUCCAAAAAAGAAAAGCAACCGGGUCACUGUCUCUCUACAGCCACCCAAUAUUG